AGUGAACUAUGGUUCACGCCUCCCCCCACCUGUGGCCUGAGUGCGCCGCUGCGCCUCCCUUAUCGGCCGUCCCUGUGUCCGUCCCUGCGCGGUGUCCGUCCCUGCGUGUCGCGGCGCAUGUGCCUCGGGCGGUUUUGUGUGGCCUGGCGCGGCGGCCGGUCGGCCGGCCGCGCGGCAGUCUGCAGCUGGACCCAAUACAGCAAGGAGCUCGGCACGGACUUUACACUGGCGACGAGGUGAACUUCAGGCCCGGCUGAUGGUGGAGUGAAGAGCUGAAGAUGUCGAACGAAGACGGCACUGCAGCAGCGGGGCACCUGCAACUGGAGCCGUUUGAGCCAGCUUCAGGUUCGUGGACGGAGUGGGAGGAGCGUCUGCAGUUCUUCUUGGAGAGUAACGGCAUCACAUCGGACAGCAGGAAAAGAGCGACAUUUCUCACGGUAUGUGGCAAACAGACCUACUCACUUGUACGCAGUCUUGUGUCGCCUAGCAAGCCCGGUGAAGUCAGUUUCAAGGAUUUGCUUGAAAAGAUUAAGGAGCAUCAGGAUCCCAAACCGUCCGUACUGGUCAGUCGUUUCAAGUUCGGAACAUGUAAUCGCCGUCCGGGUCAGGCUGUUGCUGACUAUGUUGCUGCUCUCAGGAAAGCGUCUGAACAUUGCUGCUUUGAGGACACUCUGGAGGACAGGUUGUUGGAGCAGUUGGUGAUUGGAGUCGGAGACGAGAGGAUGCAGCGGCGUCUUCUCUCGGAGAAGAGCCUGGACUUCAGCAACGCCGUGAGAAUCUGCCUGGCUCUGGAGACGUCGACCAAGGACGCCCACCUCAUGUCUCAUAACGGUGAGAGGGCCGAGCCUGUACAGGCAGUGAGUGCAGGUUCUCGUAGGGAGCAGCAGGCCCAUCCGCAGUGUUGGCGGUGUACUGGAGACAAUCACAGCGCUGAUGUUUGUCGCUUCCGUAACUCCAAAUGCUACAACUGUCACGGACUUGGACACGUGUCCAAGGCCUGUCCAAAGCCCCGCCGCACAGGAGCAGGUCGAGGCAGGCCCCCAGCCGGCCGCGGCAGGGGUCGUCGGCAGGUGACGAACGCCGUCAGCGCUUCAGACACCGAGGACUGGGACAAUUGGCCCGAUGAAGACGCCGGGAACGUCCAGCAGGUGGCGGCUACCAGCAGCGACAGCCCACAAUCUGCAAGCGUCCUCCAGGUGAGUUCUCCGCCACUUCGCUGUUCUGUUUACUUUCAGCGAACGCAAGUAGACAUGGAGAUAGACACCGGCUCGGGUAACACUCUGAUAGGAGAGGACACAUACAAAUCUCUACGGAUACGUCCCAGGUUGAAACCCAGCGCUCUCAGGUUGAGAACGUACACAGGAGAUGUGAUUUCAGUCCUGGGGGAAUUCAGAACUGCAGUAACUUACAAGGGCCAGAAGCAUGCUAACCUCAAGGUUGUUGUGGUACAAGGAAAUAGGACCAGCCUAUUGGGACGGGACUGGUUGAAAGCUGUCAAGUUAGACUGGAAGGAAGUGUGUGCUGUUGAGAAUGUGUCAGUAGCGGCGUUGAGAAGGAAGUAUGCGGAAGUGUUUGAACCAGGUCUGGGGGAGUUGAAGGAUGUGAAGCUCCGCCUGAACAUUGACCGAAGUGUGCAGCCCAAGUUUUUCAGAGCUCGUUCCAUGCCAUACGCCUACAAGGAAAAGGUGGAGAAGCAGCUGCAAAAGGACGUAGAGUCUGGUGUACUUGAACAGGUAACGCACAGCAGGUGGGCCGCUCCGCUAGUUCCUGUCUUGAAAAAGGAUGGCACUGUCAGAGUAUGUGCUAACUUAAAGCUGACUGCAAAUAAGGCUGUGAAGUGUGACACAUAUCCGCUUCCGCGCGCGCAGGAUAUUUUCGCGCAGCUUGCUGGGGGACGAGUCUUCACUACGCUGGAUCUAGCACAGGCGUAUAACCAGGUCAUUGUGCAUGAAGACUCGCGCGAUGUACUGACGGUGAACACGCCGAAGGGGUUGAUGCGUUACUCUCGUCUGCCUUUUGGGCUCAAUUCGGCGGUCAGUCUGUUCCAGAGGGAGAUUGAGCGGGUGCUUCGUGACUUACCUGGUGUGGUGGCUUACCUGGACGACAUCCUGAUCUCCAGCAGAACGACGGAGGAGCAUCUGAAGACGCUGGACGACGUCCUCGGAAGACUGAAGAGAGCCGGGUUGAAGGUGAGACCAGCCAAGUGUAGAUUCUUGGUGCCCAGUGUCGAGUACUUGGGUCACAUCGUUGACAAGGACGGCAUCAGGCCGACACCAGCCAAGGUGCGAGCCAUACAGUCAGCGCCAGAACCGAAGAACGUUAAGCAGCUGAAGUCGUUCCUGGGAAUUCUGACGUAUUAUUCCAGAUAUAUUCCAGACCGCAGUCAGAAGCUGGCGCCACUUCAUCUCCUCCUGCAGAAGGACGUGGCAUGGCGCUGGGGUGCAGAGCAGGCUGCCAGCUUCCAGUGGGCUCGUGACGUCCUCUCGUCUGGCUCCGUGUUGGGUCACUUCGACAUCAACAAACGGCAAGUCCUAGUGUGUGAUGCCUCCUCUGUGGGAAUCGGUGCCGUUUUGGCUCAGAGGGAAGCUGAUGGGACUGAGAAGCCAGUGGGAUUCGUUUCUAGAAGUCUGUCCCCAUGUGAACGCAAAUAUUCUCAGAUAGAGAGGGAAGCACUGGCAAUCGUUUUCGGGGUUACCAAGUUUCACGCGUACCUGGCCGGUAACAUGUUCUCGCUGGUCACCGACCAUAAACCUCUGGUGAUGUUGUUCGGUGAACAUGCUGACCUACCUGAGAUGGCGUCUUCCAGAAUCCGGAGGUGGGCGUUGAAGCUCUCGACGUACCGAUACGAGAUUCAGUACCGGCGGACUGAAGAGAUGGGCAAUGCUGAUGCCCUCAGCCGCUGUCCUCUGCCUGACUCGAACUCUUCGCAGGAGGAGGAUCUGGUGCUCCUGGUCGAUGAUCAACAGCUGUUUGACGCCAGGAAGGUAGCCCUCCUGACGUCUCGUGACCCGGUGCUGUCUCGGGUAAUGCGUCUUGUCCAGAGGGGUGGCUGGCCGCAGGUUACAGAUGCAGACCUGUCACCUUUUGCCUCGAAGCGUCUGGAGUUGUCUGUUUGUCGUGGAGUGCUGAUGUGGGGUCACCGUGUCGUCGUCCCCAGCAGGGCACGUGAAGCAGUUUUGAAGGAGCUGCAUGUGGCGCACCCUGGCAUCCGCCGCAUGAAGGCUCUGGCGAGAGGCUGUGUCUGGUGGCCUCAACUGGACCAGCAUAUUGAGCACAUCGUGAACUCCUGUCAAGCCUGCCAGGAAAGCCGACCUGCACCGGGACGUUCUCCAAUCUGCAUGUGGCCGUGGCCUGAGCGGGCAUGGUCGAGGAUCCACGUGGACUUCGCUGAGCCGAAGAAGGGAAGCGUAUCACCCCGCACAGCACAACUUCCGUAGCCCCCUCAGAGCUGAUGGUGGGGCGUGUCCUCCGAAGUCGCCUGGACCUUCUGCACCCGGACCUGCGAACUGAGGUGAAGAAACAACAGGUGAUCCAAAAGGAAAACCACGAUGCUAAGGUGAGCACUGGCAGGAGACUGGAUGUGGCUGACCUGGUGUUUGCAAGGAACUAUGGUGUUGGCUCGAAGUGGGUUGCUGGUGUUGUCGUCGGAGUGGAUGGACCUGUGUCUUACGCUGUGGAGACUGAAGAUGGUAGGCUGUGGAGACGACAUAUCGAUCAGCUUCGGCAUAGGUCUGACGGCGAACUGUUUGCAGGACGUUCUGCGCUGACUUCGGAGCCCGGUGACAUUCCUGCGGAAGGAGGGCAGCCAUCUCGGAAUCCGACGGCGGCGCUGCAGCCGUCUCGUCCGGGGGAGUCUGGCUUGGACGCGUCGCUGCCGCCGUUCAGCACACCUGGAGCGGCGCCUAGCGCUCCAGCAGCAUCGCCAUCGUCUUCGGCGCCUGCUCCGUCGGAGCCCCGGCCUGAGGCAUCAGAGCUCGAGCCCGCGUGUGUCGCCGGCGACGCUGGUGCACGGACGGAAACCCCACUGCGUUCGGGGCUCGGAGUGGAGGCUGGUGCAGGUGUACAGUCUCGUGUGUUGGACGAGGGUGGUGGUGUUCGUCGCGGAACUAGAGUGAGAAAGCAGACUAAGUUUUUUGGUUCCUAGCUCUGUUCAUAUUACUUGUGUUUUGUGAGGGGGCAGUGUAGUGAACUAUGGUUCACGCCUCCCCCCACCUGUGGCCUGAGUGCGCCGCUGCGCCUCCCUUAUCGGCCGUCCCUGUGUCCGUCCCUGCGCGGUGUCCGUCCCUGCGUGUCGCGGCGCAUGUGCCUCGGGCGGUUUUGUGUGGCCUGGCGCGGCGGCCGGUCGGCCGGCCGCGCGGCAGUCUGCAGCUGGACCCAAUACAGCAAGGAGCUCG